CAUAAAUUUCCAUUGUCUCUGCGUAAUUGAGUCCCGAACUCAGUGGUUUCGGAAAGUUCAAACGCUUCAUAUUUAUUCAUUUUAUUGGGUGUCAUCCUAGUUGUAUUCUCAUUAAAUGAAUCCGAUGUUUAUUUAACCGAGUAAACGUGUAGAGAUAAACUUCAACGUCAAAUGUCAGAGUGAUGUAGUUGCCAAAAAGAGGUUCAGCUGACUCGAUACUCCGCAAAGCGAAGAAGGCCAAACCCAGGACAGGAACAUCGUUUACCGCCACGGCACGGCACCGGUAAUUCUGGUCAACAGCGGCCGCUAGCUAAAAAGCAAGACUGGCUGCAGUUGGCCUGGCCUGGAACUAGCGGCCAGACUUUUUUUUAGUCUCCCUCCACCUAACGUUAGUUGUAGUUUCUACAUCUACUUGAGCCAGUGCAGUGGUUUGUUACAACAAGAUCGGCGAAAAAUGUCAACAGCAGCGAGUGCAGAGUCUUCAACCAAGAAGACCUAUGGCAUCACAUCAGCUAUCAGUAUGGUUGGACCACGACCUGAAGAUAUCAGACAGACAAAGGAGUUAGUAGAAGCUCUUAAGCCCCAUGGUGUCUUUGAAAAUGAAGAAGAGCUUAACCACAGGUUGAUAGUACUGGGGAAGCUGGAUCAGAUUGUUAAAGAUUGGAUCAGACAAGUGGCAGAGGAUAAAAACAUUCCACCAAACAUAGCAGAUACCGUUGGAGGAAAGAUCUACACAUUUGGGUCUUAUCGACUAGGAGUACAUACGAAAGGUGCUGAUAUAGAUACUUUAUGCGUAGCCCCUCUUCAUGUAGAGAGGAAUGAUUUCUUCAAGUCUUUCUAUGACAUUGUCAAAGGAUUGCCAGAAACCAAGGAUUGCAGAGCUGUUGAGGAAGCAUUUGUUCCUGUCAUCAAACUAGUCUUUGAUGGCAUAGAGAUGGAUAUCUUGUUUGCUCGCCUGGCCCUCCGAGUUGUACCAGAGAACCUAGAUCUAACGGAUGAUUCCCUGCUUAGGAACUUAGAUCCAAAGUGUGUCCGUAGUUUGAAUGGUUGUCGUGUUACAGAUGAAAUUCUGAAUGUAGUCCCGAACAAAGAGAAUUUCAGGCUGACGCUGAGAACGAUAAAACUGUGGGCCAAAAAGAAAGGUGUGUAUUCCAAUGCUCUUGGUUUCCUUGGUGGUGUGUCAUGGGCUAUGUUAGUAGCAAGAACCUGUCAGCUUUACCCUAAUGCUGCAGCAUCGACACUCGUCAACAAGUUUUUCCUUGUCUUCACAAAGUGGGCAUGGCCGCAGCCUGUGUUACUCAAACCUCCAAACACCUCAACAGAUCUCGGCUUUCCAGAAUGGGAUCCAAGGGUGAACGUCAGUGACAGAUUUCACUUAAUGCCUAUCAUCACACCAGCCUACCCUCAACAAAAUUCCACAUACAAUGUUUCACAAUCUACGAAGACAGUCAUAGAGCAAGAACUCCAAGGCGGCCUAGCUAUCACUCAGGAAAUUAUGCAAGGCAAAGCAACAUGGGAGAAACUCUUUGAGCCUUCCAACUUCUUCCAGAAGUACAAGCACUACAUCGUCCUGAUAGCCAGUGCAGGAAAUGAAGAUGAUCACCUCAAAUGGGUUGGACUGGUGGAGUCUAAGAUCAGAGUAUUGGUUGGUAACUUAGAGAGGAAUCCUCACAUCAAACUAGCCCAUGUCUACCCCAAGUCUAUCUCACCCAGCUCUCCUGCAGAAGGAGCAGAAGAAGAAAAAACUGAUGAGCAUUCCACCCUGUGGUUCAUAGGCUUAGAGUUCCAGCCUCUAGGUCCAGCAACCAAUGUCAACCUGACCCUAGAUAUACAGUUCUUUGUCAAUACCGUCCAUAGGCACUCAGUCACCAUCAAGCUGCUACAGGAAGGCAUGAAGAUUGAGGCCAAGCAUGUCAAGAGGAAAAAGCUAAGCGAGUAUGUACCAGCCAGCAUGCUCAAGUCUAAGAAGAAAUCCCUGCCAUCCACAGAUGGAAGCAGUCGAGGCAACACUCCCAAGAACUCUUCCUCGGAUGCAGCCUCCCGUCUCACCCCCUCACCCCUCAACAAGACGGGAGACAGUAUCAGUGAAGAUGAGUUCCUCUACGGACCCAACGUCAGCUCUCCAGCCCUCAUUUCCAGCCUUGAUGUCAGGGGGAGGGAUAGUCCCAGUGCCAGCUCCAUAGAGUCAGACUUUGGUGCCGGCAACGCAGGAACGGGGGACGGAGGGACAGAACCGUCUCAGGAUACUGUUUUCCAGUCACCCAAGUCAAGUAGAACCAAGCCGUCAACAGACCAAGCCAGUACUGAUACUGAUGGCGAUGGACCAAAUACACAACCCUCAUCUCAGGAAGAGCAAGCCCCUAGCGGAGACACCGCUCAAAUACCGACCAUCAAGGUCACCGCUCCAGACGAAGAGACACAGGAACCUUGUAUAAAAGCAUCGGGGGACGAUUCACAGACAUUCAAACGCCCCUCGUCCCCGCCUCCCGUUUCGGAGUCCCCCUCAAAGAAAGUCCGGACUGACAAUGGCGUCGUGCUCCCAGAAGCACAGCAGGAAGAGGGUGAUAGUGAAGUGAAGGAGUCAGGGGUGGGCGAGGAGGAUGAUGACACGCAAACAUUCAAGAGACCGUCGUCUCCCGUCCCGGUCAUAGAGUCACCUCCUAAGAAGAUGAAGACUGAUAACGGGAUCAAGGCUGGAGGAGAGCCUGCACCUCUCACUUCAGACUGCAAUGAGAAUGGAGAAAGUGAAGAUAAUACAAGUCCUCAAACACUACCUCGCUUAGUCAUACGGCAGAGAGUACCCAGCGGAGAGCUUCCUGAUAUAGCAUCCCCCGUCCCCGUCGCCCCCAAAGCACAAAAGAACACGAUAAGACUGAACUUGAAUGUAAAAUGAACAGAGCUUGCAGAAUAUGGCUCAGGGUCACGUGGCCUUGAUCCCUGAAGCUUCAGGAAUGAUGAUGUUACGAUGAUGUCCCGAAUUUCCUCCGGUCACUCCUGGCAGUCAGUGAGGAAAUAAGGUAAGACAUCUGCACGUCGAUCGCUAAUUCUCAGAGGAAUUCAGAUGAUGAUUUUUUUUUAGAGAGAGGAGAACAAAUACACAAAAAAGAAUCACCAAAGAAUAUGCUGGAGAUGAAUAUGAUAGGCAUCCAAUGAGGAAGGAGCGCGACUGUACAAAGUGAUUUGUACCUGCAAAGGAAUAUAGUAUUCUUUAUAGACCUCAUGUAAUUUAUAUUUCUAGGAUGAGAUAGAAAAGAAACCAAUUGAUAUUGUUGAUCAUUUUUCUGUUCGUAUUUCAGUGAUGUGAUGAUAUCUGUGCAGGAACUUUGAUAUUGAUUAAAUAAAAAUGGGUAUUGUUAACCAGAAAGAUGGUACCUGUGGAGUUUGUUCCAUUUCCUAAAGGUGUGUUUUCACCGGCAUGAGAGCAUCAAGUUUGUCAUGGGGAUCUGAAUGUAGGAAAAAAAAUCAUUCAAUCCAUUCUUUAUAUUCUAUGCAUUGAAAAUUAGCCAAACUCGCACCUUAGUUUUCAGUUGUUAUCAGAAUGCUUGUGAGAAACACUUGCUAACAACAUUUAUGGCAAUGAUUCAGAGAGAAUGUUAUUCAUGUUCCUCACAUAAGUCUGCCAUAAUCAGGUAGGGGUAUUAAUCACUUUCAGUGGUAUUUCAAGGCUUUUCCAAAUUCUUCCAAAUUAAACAUGAAUGAUUGGAUCCUUUGAUUCUCAAACCACCAAUGCCAGUUUUGUGCAUUUCAGUUCAUAAAGUGGAACUGAUGGAUUUUCAAUUUUUUUUCUCCAACAUUCACAUCCUUUGCAAAUGCUUGCAGCCGUAGAAAACACACUUUUAGUGGUUUGUCUUGUAGAUGUAAAAAGGAAAUGUAUUGUUAGUAGCAAUAGGGUAUUAUUAAAAGAAUGUUGUUAAAAUAUCAUCCAUAGUUUUAAAAAAAAGUGUACAUGUACAACACUGAAUGGUAUUAUUGUUCAUAUAUAGGAAUAUAUUUUGUUGGCUGGUAUCUCUGUAUUAUGGUUGUACAUUACCCCCUCAAUUAUUUAGGCCAAAAUGUUAUCUAAAAAGAGUGGUGUAUGUUGCCAGAAAAUACUAAUUAUUUAUGGAAAGGAACUACCAAAAUUAUCGUUUUCAGUGGAGGAUCUAAGAUGAGAAUAUAAGACAUUUCUCUUUUCUUUGAAUGCUGCAAGACAAUCUUUAUCAUCAGAGAGGGGUGAGAAGAGAGGAUAUAUAUUCAGAUGAAUUAACCAUAAGUAUUUUGAAAAAUUUAGAUUGAAAAAGGACUUAUAAAAUAAAAUUUCCAGCGCUAUCACUCUAUUAGAAAUAACACAGAGCGACAUAGUGUGAACACACAGUCAUUGUGUGUAGCCUCUUGGUUGAACAAAGUGGGUGAUUUCAAGUUCAGUGUUGACCUUUUAGUGUUGGUGUUUGGUUAAUUUUUACACGCUUUUAACGCCAAAAAAUAAAAUGAAGAUGGUCCUGAAAAGUCACUCACUGGUUGUUGAGAUGUCAAUAAUGUGAAUUGGAUCAGUUUUUACAAACUCAGAAUGAGUUUUGGAGCUGGGGGAAGCAAUCGAAAUUUCAACACCAAGGCCAACACCGGACUUGAAAUCACCCAUUGACUUUGUUGAAUUGAAGCAUUCUUUAUGUAUGUGUUCACACUGUGUCCCUUUGUCUUGUUUUCAGUAGGGCAGUGUCUGAAAAAAAAACAUUCUUUCAUUUUUUGUCUGACCUUAUAUGAUAUGGGGCAUGUAAAAUCUUGGGGUUAGGUUAGGAUAAUAUAGUAUCUCCUAAGUAUAAAAUGUCUAUUAUCAGUGAAAAAAUUAUCUUCUUCCAAAACCUGCACACCUGUAUGCAUAGAGCAUACACCUGUCAAGUAAAAAUAUAUUUGAUUUUGUCACAUAAAUAGGUUUACCUUAAUUUAUCAUGUGUGGAGUGUGAGAGAAGGAAUGCUGCUGCUUGCUCUGUGUAUAGCAAUGAAAACAUGAACAGGGUUUCUUGGAAAGUCUUGCUGACAAGAAAUCUAAAACAUUGAUGUGCCCAGCAGAGAAAAGACAGAAAAGGAUAAGAAAUGUACAUGUCGGACCCUGUAUGUGAAAAGCAAAGAGACUGAAAUGGUGUGUAAAAGAGAGAUUUUUAUGUCUGUGUGUGUGUGUGUGUGUCUGUAUAUCAUUUUAAAUUCUUAAUCCUUUAAAGAAAGAUGAAGGCAUUAUUCUUUAUAUUUCAACAUGGAAAGAGAGCUCUUCACUUACACUUAUUCUGUUUGUUACAUGAGCCUGAUUAGAUCUUCGCAAAACUAUAUUGACACUCUUGAGAAUCUCUCAAUAAUCAAGGCUGUGUGACGUGAAGCCUAGCCAUUGAUCGUUGGUGAUGGCUCAGAGCUAAUCAUUAUAGGCACAUUGCUCUACAAAAAGGACAGGGCCAUUGGAGGGGUCAAAGGGGGUAACACCACCCCCCCCCAUGAGAUUUAAAAGGAACUGAUGAAAAAGAGGCUCAAAGGGGAAUAAAUCAAGUACUGCGAAGAGUGUACUUGAUCUUGUAACUAUUUAAUACCUUUAAAUUUUUUGUUGAGAAACACAAAUUUUUUUUUAUAGUUCACCUUGUAUCCCCUCCCCCAUUAAAGUACCACUACUCAGAAUCAAGCUUUCCAUGGAAGUUACUAUUGAUGUCAGUUAUACUUUCAGUGUGUACCCUAAUCAGGGUCCUGUUUUACAAAGAGUUACGAUUGAUCUAAUCAAUCAUAACUAUACGGAAAUCCAUCAGUGUCAUAAUUUUUCUAUAGGAAAUGUGCAAAAAAUGUCCUUUGUGAACUAAGGAGAGCACACCGAACUGUCAAAAAAUCAAUGAAUUUAUGGAUGUACAUUCAUAUCUAGAAAAUUUUUUGAGCAAACGUGCAUUGUAUAUGUUGACUUUGCUGGCUUUCCAUAGUUGUGAUUGAUCGGAUCAAUCGCAACUCUUUGUAAGACAGGCCCCUGUACUGUCUAUUCCUCAUCCUGAUAAUCUUUCAUGUAAACCAACAUUUCAUUUUACUGGUAUGCUACUUGACAUUGCUCUCAAACCAACCUAACCUAUUGAUAACAUUAAUAAGAGGCCACACAAGCACGUAAUGUGAGAUGAGUGUUUUUGUAUGUUGUUUAAAAAAAAAUCCUGUUCAUUUACCAGCAUUCAUUUGCAUGUUGAUACUUAACCUUUCAUAAAUUCACUUGGGCAUGGAAUAUAGGUACAUAGGAUAAACACAAACUUAAAUAUUGAGUGCGGGGUGGUUCAUAGCAUUUGCACUCUUUUCCUGUAUUGAUUUAAUUCAUAUCAAAUUGCAGUUUUAUUUAUUUCAACCUUCAUCUUUAAUAGUUAAGACCAUCAAAUGAAGACAUAAAGGAUCAUGCAAAAUACAGUAUGUCAAUUGUACAAUUUUACAUUUGUCGACUCCAGAGAAAUCAUAGCUUAAAAAGAGGGGCCACCAAGUUAAAAUAAAAGGAAUUUUGACCAA